AUGGAUGAGAAUCCCAACUCCAACAUGAAAAGUCCCUUCUACCCUGGAAAUUAUCCAAACAACGCUGACUGCAUGUGGGAAAUACAAGUGGAGAACAAUUUCCGUGUUAUGCUCACAUUUAGAGAUAUCGCGAUGCAAAGCCACAGAUGCCGGUAUGACUAUGUUGAAGUCUACGACGGACCUCCACAUUCUUCCCCGCUUCUUGGGAGACUUUGUUCUGGCUCCUUUCCCAUGUACAUAUCCUCUUCAAACAUGAUGACCAUUCGCUUUCACAGCGAUUCCAGAUACACCUUCAGAGGGUUUCAGGCUUACUACUCCUCCAUUCCAGCAGAUCACAACACUACCCUUCUGUGCUUGCCAGACUACAUGCAUGCAGUGGUGAGCAGAGACUAUCUCCAGUCUCAAGGCUACUCGGCGCAGAUGGUCACCCUGAACGACAGUCACUGUAAACCGAGAAUCACGUCACGCGAGGUUAUAUUCAACAUUCCCUACAACAGCUGUGGGACAAUACGAGAGGAGAAUAAUGAUACAAUCAACUAUUCCAACAUGAUCAAAAUUACAUCUUCUGGGUACAUAAUCAAGAGGAAGAAGAAUAUUCACUUACAUAUCAGUUGCAAAAUGCUACAAAACACAUGGAUGCAAAUAAUGUAUGUUGCUGAGGAUACCAUAGAUGUGAAUGAAAUUCAGUUUGGAAGAUAUGACGUGAACAUCACUUUUUAUGAUUCCUCAUCAUUCUUGUGGCAAGUGCAUGACUCUCCAUACUACAUUGAGUUGAACCAAGAUUUGUACCUUCAAGCUUCUCUUCACAACUCUGACCCAAAUCUGAUUGUGUUUGUGGACACAUGUGUGGCAUCACCUGAUCGUCAUGAUUUUAACACUCUGGCCUAUGAUAUAAUCAAGGAUGGAUGUGUUAGAGAUUCUUCCUACACCACAUACUACUCCCCCUACAGCCACUUUGCUCGGUUCAAAUUUAAUGCCUUCGAGUUCAUCCGCCGCCAUACGUUAGUGUACCUGCAGUGUGAGCUGGUGGUGUGCAGGCUCGGUGACUAUUCCUCCCGCUGCUACCGGGGCUGUAUUAACAGGUCCAAGAGAGAUACAAGUUCUGUCGAGGAAGAAGUGAAGGUCGUUGUCGGACCACUUCAGCUUCGAGAAGGGGAUGCUCAGAGUAGGAAUACUGGGAACCUGGUUAACAUGAGCCCCAUGCUGACCGCUGUUCGGAUGCUACUGCUGUAUGGAGGAUGUCUGCAGGGGUCAGCUCUGGAAGAAGCUCAUUUUGGUGACGACACAGGGGAAAUCCUCCUGGACGAGGUGCAAUGCCAAGGGGGUGAUGCUCUCCUCUGGCAGUGCUCCCAUAACGGAUGGUUCGUCAAUAACUCUUUUCAUCAGGAAGAUGCUGGUGUCAUCUGUUCAGAUAACUUCUGGUUUAUUGACGUCAACGAUCAGUAG